UCAUCCUUCAGUUAACUGUCAUUUUUAGAGAUAAAGUUUUACUUUAGGUGUGGUAAAAGGAAAGCGAUUAUUUUAAUAAAACACCAAUAAUGUCGGCAACGUUAAAGCCCUAUUUAACAGCUGUACGCCAUACGCUCACUUCAGCUAUGUGCUUAGAACAUUUUUCCUCCCAAGUCGUCGAACGAUAUAAUAAACCGGAGGUUGAAGUGGGAACAAGCAAAGAAUUGUUAUUGAAUCCUGUAAUCAUUUCGCGUAACGCGAACGAGAAAGUACUGAUUGAAUCGUCCAUAAACUCGAUUAGAAUAAGUAUUAUGAUAAAACAAGCCGAUGAGAUUGAGAAGAUUUUGUGUAAAAAGUUUAUGCGUUUCAUGAUGAUGCGGGCGGAAAACUUUAUCGUGCUCCGACGGAAACCCGUGGACGGAUAUCAUAUCAGCUUCCUGAUUACAAAUUUCCACACCGAACAAAUGUAUAAACACAAAUUGGUCGACUUCGUAAUUUACUUUAUGGAAGAGAUUGACAAGGAGAUAAGUGAAAUGAAACUGGCCGUAAACGCGCGUGCAAGAAUUUGCUCUGAAGAAUUUUUGAAAAGAUUUUAAAGUUUAAUUGUAGUUUAGUGACUUCUUUGUAUUAUAAAUUCAGUAUGUUUGAAAUUCUAAGAUUAUUAUCGGUGUAUGCUGUGGACUUAAAAAACUUUAUUUUCUGUUAAGUGGUAUCAUCAUAUUAAUAUAUCAAAACAAACUGCAUUUACUGAGAACUGUUCUUAAGAUUCAGUAUUUUUAGAACUAAAUCAAUUGUUUAAUGCUUCAAUUUCCAUUCAAUUUUUUUAGCAAUAAAAAUGACAAUGUUUAUAAGGCAUUACUUAUUUAUAUAGGAAAAAUAAUAAAUUCUUUUUAUACUA